UUUUAAUACUCAACGUAGAUGUUACAGACUAACGGAAAAUUCAAAAUAGUAAUAAACAAAAAAACGGUAUUUGGCAACUUGGCAUGAAUUUUUGAACAUACAGUGUUAAUGAAUAAUAUGUAGGAUAAAAUAAAAGUGAAAAAAUAUUUAAGAAGGAAAUAAAAUCAGGCUAGAAGAAUAAAAAAAAAGUGUAAAAAAAGUUAAAUACAAAAAAACAACUAAUAUUUUGUUUUAGUUAAAAAGUAUAUGAAAAAUUUUAAAAAUAUCUAAAUUUCAGUUUUCAAAUUUCUUAUUUAAGCAAAAAAAAAAAAAAAAUAAUAGAAAAAAUAUUGAUUUAAAAGCUGAGCAAAAAAAGUUUUGUGAAAAUUACUAUUAAACGCAAAGUUAUCAUUAAGCAAAUAAUUUUCAAUAAACUAACGACGAUUCUUCCGUUAUCUGUAAAAUAAUUAGAUUUUCUUAAGUUAAAGAAAUUCAUUACUUCAAAAACAACUCCAAACAGUUGCCUUGUUUUGCGCUACGAAUAUUUGUAAACAAAAAACGAACAUAUAUAAACGUGAUAAAACAUGCAAACUGCUGUCGAUUGCAAUGGCAGCAGCAGCAAUACAACAACAAUCAGCACCACCAUCACUACCACAACAACCGAAAAUGAUAAUAACACUAACGGUACGAUGACACAACAACAACAACAUCACCACCAUCAUUACCACCAAGAACAACCGCAUUCUUUAAUGCAGGCAACACCGGAAACGGAAAAUAGAAAUAUUCUAAGACACCGUGUUAAUACAACAACAGCUAACACCAACAGUGGUACUAAGGAUAGUGCCAUCACUGCUACUAAAAAUGGUUUAUCACAUCUUAUAGAUGCAGCCGAAUAUAUGGGCAGUAAUGUGGAAUGUAUGUCCGCAACACCAUCACCCUCACCUCAGGCUUCACCCUCUAAGGGCAGUCAACUACUUAAGGCAGAAUCAUCAAAAUUGGCAACUGCUGACGAUGGUCUGCCCACUAUCACCAUUCCCACGCCUCUUCAGGAUACGUACAAACAAACAAAUACCUCAUCGGAAUCAUCGUCAUCAAAAACUGCAUCGAAUUCUACAUCAACGACAUCGUCUGUGAUUGCAACGCCCGUACUCAAGCGUAAUGGUAAUAUUUUCAAGGACAAGGAAUCCCAAGAUCAAGACAUCUUUGAAGACAAUAUUGAAAAUCUUAAGGUUGCCGUUGAUGCAACUGCAGUUGAAGGUGGCGGCCGAGAGGGAAAUGCUAGUAAUUCGGUAGCAAAAAUGCCUGAUGCAACUGCUGAAGUUGGCAAAAAAUAUAGGGAAUGUAAUAAUAUGCAAUUAUUAACAAAUCAAAUGCUUCCAUUCGAAAACACUUCCUCAACAACAAUAACAAAUAAUAAAAAGGAAUUGUCUUCUAAUUCAUUACCAAUGUCUUCAUCAUCUACUACCUCGUUGUCAAUUACUACACCAGCUACAGCUGCAACCACACCCUCAACACCUUCAUCAUCAUCCUUAAUCUCAUCAUCAUCAGCAUCUACAACAUCAUCUAAUACACCUGCAUCUGCUACAACAACACCUGCCUUAUUAUCAACACCAUCAUCGUCAUCAUCAUCAUCCUCAGCAUCCUCACCAACGGCAUCAUCUUGCUCCGCCUCCUCCUCCGCACCACCUUCGCCAUCAUCACCGGAGUCGAAAAUAAAAGAUUUGUCAAUUUCCGGUUUAGUUGAAGCCGAACUAUUGCAGUGGCAGGACAUGCCACAAUAUUUGCAAUUCAAUCCGUAUGUUCUUAAGGGUUACCGUCCAUUGCAAACAUUCAAGGGCUGCCUAUUAAGUCUGUUUUAUUGGCACAACGAAACUAUAAACAUUUUAACACAUGCUAUACCUAUAGUAUAUAUAUUGGCCAUUGUACCUGGUCUGAUGCCCUGGGAUAGUGGUUACCGUUUUCUUUCAUUUUGCCACGUUUUUGGUUCGGUGGCACCCUGGUGUGGCAGCUUUGUUUAUCAUCUUUUUAUGAAUAUUGAACGUGGCGAAAAUGUCUACUAUAGAUUGUUGAAAUUGGACAUGGUGGGAAUAUGGGUUAGUCAGAGUUUUGGUGCUCUUCCUUUGGUUGUGGCAACCACGUUUUGUUUUUCGUUUAAAUGGAAAUCGCUGAUUAUAAUCUCAUAUUGCCUUUUAUCGUUAUGGGGCUUAUACAAGGCCUUAACAGCUAGUUCACCUUGGCAGCGUCGUUUGUGUUUUGCCUUGCCCUUUACCAUGCGAUCGAUUUUAACAUUUUUCCGCACCAUCGGUCUAGUGGGUGGCAAUCGCGUUGCAUUGGAACAUGUUUACCUGCAGGAUGUUGUUUCCAUAUUCGGCGGUGCUAUUGGCGCAAUGCGUAUUCCAGAAAAAUGGUUUCCCGGUUUAGUUGAUUUCUAUUUAAAUUCACAUAAUAUAAUGCAUGUUUUAGUUGUUGUUGCUGUCUAUUCCAUGCAUAAGGCAACUGUUAAAGAUUUCGAAUGGAUGGAUUCAACAAAUUGUGAUGCCUUUGUAAACGUCACUAGUAAAGUACUUGAAACUACCUUAAAUACGAAAAUAGAACUAUGACCAUUUGAAUUCAAUACUUUGUUGAAUUAUUAUAAUCGUUUUUUAUUUCUAUUAAGUUUUAAUAGUUGAAAAUAUUUCUAGAUGCUAAAAUUAAAAUAUAUUUAUUUAUAAAUUUAACUAAAAUUCUAUUUCAAGUAAUAUUGAAAAAAAAAAAACAUAAAAAAAUCUAAAAAAAAAUGCAAAAAUUCCAGAAACGAGAAAUUAAAGUUUUUAACUAAAGCUAAUAAAAACAUGAAAAUUUUACUUCCUUCUUCUUAAAACUUAAGCAACAUAAUUUUUUCCCCCUAUUUUUGUCUUUUGAAAUUAAAACAACUUUUUAACAACUUUUUUUUAAAUAUAAAAAACAAAAACGCAAACAAGAUUUAAAACAAACUCUUUAUAAUUAUAAUAAAAUGAUAAUUUAAGUUAAUUAAGCACCAUUUUAAAUAAUAAAUUACAGACUUUACAGUUACAUGUGUGUUUUCUUCUGUCAAUGUGUGUUGUAGUCAUAAAAUAAAUAUGCUAUUUGGAAAUGUAAUUAAUUGAAAAAUUUUACAGCAUUAAAUAUAACUCUUCUUUAUGCUUAAAAGAUGUUCUAGUUAAUUAAACCUACUAUCCUUCAAACCAAUGAAGGGCGUUAUACGUAUUUGUAUUGUGUUUACAACAAACUGCUUAGAAAAGCUUUACAUCCUUUAAGGCUGAACAGUAACCGGUAAGAUUUACUCAAGCAGAAUUUUGUUGUCAGUUUAUAGAAUUAGAAAGAGUACCCAUAACGGCUUGAAACUAUUAAAUUUUUAACUAUUUCUUUUGCAAAACCUUUUUUUAUGAUUACAACAUUGCUGUCAUAUGUAGUACAUGAAAUUGUAAACUCUAUUUUUUUCCAAAUAGGUUUUCCUUAACUCUACACUUUCAGUUAUUAAAUUAAAAAAAAAAUACAAAAGAAAAUAAAAUAAAACACAUUCAAAUUAAAAACGAUUAAAUUUUAACAAAAGUACUUCAAGAAACCAAUAAAAUUCUCUACGACUGUGGUACUAAAUAUUAAGCUAACAAUUAUAUAAAUAAUUAAAUUUAAAAAACAUACAAAAAGUUUAACAAAAAAAUAUUAUAUUAAAGAAAAAAGUAAAUGAAAUUAAACAAUGAACAAAUUUAACAAAAUAUAUAAUGCAAAUGAAAAUCAAUACUAGUCUUAUAGAUUUAAAUUACAACAUGAAAAAAAAUCAUAAAAACAAAAGAAUAAUUAAAUAAUUAACUUAGUACUAGUAGUUGCAAUAAUAAUGAAACAUUUUAGUAAAAAAAAUAAAUAGUUUAUCAAUUUAACGAUAAUAAAGAAACCUUAGAACAAUAUUAAAUUAAUUAAUAAAUGAUAAUAACGACAAAAGUUUAGUAAAUUUAUAUAGAAAAGAAAAGCAUAACGAAUAUAAAAAAGUUUAAUUUGAAAAAUGUUUAAAACUUACAAAAAAAAAAUAAAAACAACUUACUCAAUAAUUGAAACAUUUAGUAUUAAUACUUAAGAGUCAGUAACAAAUAAAUUACACAGAUUAGCAGGAGUGUUUUAUACAGCUAUGUUGAAUCAAUCAUAAAUACAUGAAUCGAAAAUUUGGGACUGUUUAAACUGUACUCCGGGAGGACACUUGAUGCGGAUUAACUGAAAUCGUUAAUCGUUACGGAUAUGUCUGAACAGUACCUAGUUUCUGUAAUUUUCUCGAAUCGAGAAAAAACUUAACAGUAUGACUCUGAUUAUUUUUAAACUGUACUCAUUAAAAUUUAAUAAGAAAUUUUUAAAUUUCUUGUAUUCAUCCUGUUUUACUCAAGAUGAUCAUGAAUUUUUCGACAGAUUUUCUCGAUGCGAGAAUUACAGAAACGGGGCACAGAUAUAUGUAUAUACAUAUAUAUACAUGUAUGUACAUAUGUAUAAGUUUUGCAGUUCUACGAACAAUUUAUUGAUGGUGAUUAUCAAUAUAAUUACCCAGCUGUAUAAGAAAACAUAUGUAUAUUCAAGACAUCUGAUCUGCAAAGUCUUGAGAGGUGGACCCAUAAUUGGUUAUGGAGAUUUCUAUUAUCUUAAUUAAAAUAUCAUCAAUACUAAUUCUAUUUCGCUAUCAAUCAUUCCACAAUCAAAUCGUGUAAACUAUUAAGUUUAAAACUUUAUUUAUGAUCUUAUAUUUCUCUAAUUCCUAAAAUACUUUAAUGUCUUCCGGAGAACUAUAUGUAAGACUUGGUUAGGGGACCUGGAUGUAUAUCUAUUAGUUGGUAUGAUAGAAAAAUUCUUUUUGGGAAACUAAUCUCAAAAGGUUAACAAUUUUGAUUGAUAGACGUUAAUAGACAAUUGUUGUAUAUAUAUUUUAUGAUCUGGAUUUUAACAUAUCCAUAUCAUACUUUAGCGGAAGCCAUUCUUCGUAGCAUAUACAUAACAUAACUAAUUAUGUUAUUAAUGUUUCAGUUCAAUAAAAAUUUUUGCUGACCUGUGUAAUAUAUUUAUUUAAAUUUAUAUUUAUUUAAUUUCAUUACAUCAUUUCAAUAUUUGAGGACAUUGCAAUAAUAAAGAAAUGUAUACAGAGACCGACAAAUUUUUCUAAAGGACUGUAUUCGGAUUCAUUACGGUACAAUCCUUUAAAAAAGUCUAACUUGCUUUCAGAGUUUCGAUUUUUUAAAAUUUUGUCGGCCUGUUUUCACACCUAUCAAAUAUUUAACGAAAUUGAUGUGACCUCUAAAGAAUUGUGUUUUUUGAUUAAUUUUAAUACAAUAUUUGUUUCGACAUUAUGUUCACUUCAAAUUUUUCAAAUUUUUUCAAGUCAAAUAAGAUAAAAAAAAAACAUUUACAAAAAUAGUAGUUACGUCUUUUUCGUCAAAUAUUUGAUAGGUGGGAAUGUACCUUAAAAGUUCAUACUUAAUGAAAUUAUGCAAAAAAUACCAAAUACUUUUAUUAAAAACUAUUUCCGUACGGUUUUUUAUAAUUUUCCCUAACAUUUUGCAAUGUUCCUCCUCAUCU